AGGGUUAGGGGGGUGGGGAAGACUGGAACACAUAAUAGUACCUAGUCCAGUCUUCGCCAGGUUAAUUUUUUUUCUUUAAAGUGGCGUAUAUGGGCUUAAUGGUAAAAUAUGGACUUUGACCCAUAUGCCAGUCUUCGUUAGGUUGAAUUUCGUUUAAAAACAAAAAAGUUAUAGGCGUUUUAAAUUUGUCCAGUGUUCGCCGCCCCCCUUUUGCCAGUGUUCGCCAUCGGGAACAAAUUAUUAUUUUUUAUUUUUUAUUAAAUGUAUAAAUAUAGCUAAGUAUUUAUUUUUUAUUUCAGAAGUAGGUUAUCUGUUAACCUAGUUAUUAAACAAUACUAAAGCAGUCCAAAUAGGGCUAUAUAACUAUAUUAAAUUAAUUUAUAUAUCAAGUUAAGACUUAUAAUAAAUAGUUUCAAUAAGUACCUAGGUACAUAAUAUCCAUUUAGAAUUAUGAAUACUAGUAAAUCAAAGUCCAAUAAGGGUUCACGUAUGUCUACAAGAGAUUCUUACACUGAGGAGGACAUUAGAAAGGCAAUUGAAGAAGUAAAAAGUGGUGAAAGAACUGCUUCAGAGGCAUCCAAGUUGUACAAUAUCCCGCGCACCACAUUGAGGGACAAAAUAAGUGGUAAAGCGCUUGUUGUAAAAAAGAUGGGCCCACAAACCUACCUCACUGAAGCAGAAGAAAAUGUUUUGGUGAAUUUUAUUGUUAGCGCACAGAAACGUGCCCACCCUGUUACCAAAGAAACCAUUAUGUCAUUGGUAACUAGUCUUCUUUCGGAUGAAAGGUUACUUAUGGAAGUAAAUAGAAACCGUCCCUUUCAAUUUGGAAGAUCAGGGACUCGACAGCCAGGGAAUAAAUGGUAAGUAGGUUGUGCCUAAGUUAUAAAAGUUGACCUAUAGGUAAUUAAAAUAAAAAAAAAUGUUAUAAUUUUAAUAACGAGUCAUAAGAUUUUUCAUUACAAAUUAACUUUAUAAAAGAUUUGUAGCUUAAUAAAUAAAGCUUAUAACAAUUGAUACAGACAUAAAAU